AUGAAAUAUACUCCUAUUGCCCUUCAGUAUGUGCACAAUGACACAAUCCACGCUUCAUCAGGAGUUUACAUCAGUUCCAAUCCAACUACUUCAUCAUCUUCUUCGUCGUUUAUUCUAACAAUUAAUCACAUUCCGCGAAUUGGUGAUUAUUCAAUCUAUGCCAAUUCAAAUAACGACAAUAGUAGCCCCAAACAAAUCAAUUGGCAUAGAGUUUCUGUUAUUGAAGAAGUCGCCAUCAAUACUUCGAAUUUCGAAUUGUUUGAUAAUCGUCAAUUCGAUUUAUUUCCUCGUGAUCAGUAUGGAAAGACGUUAUCAAUAUUGAAAUUAUCAUCCCCACCAGUAAUAACAUCAACACUAAUGACUAGCGUGACAGCUACAUCAUCAGUUUCAAUUGGGAAAAAGUCAGCUGCUUCUGUGUCUGUAGGAGAUCCAGUGACAAUCAUAUCGAGUCCUUUCAAUUUCACCAAUUCAUUAAUAUUCCACAAGUUUAUCACGACGGCUCGAAUAGUUUACCAGAUUCACAGUCUGCACAAUGAUUUCGAUUCAGAUGAUGGCACUGGUGAUUAUUGGUUGACUGAUGCUCCGUAUAUGGAAAAUAUGGCUGGUGGGGCUGUCAUUCAAAGAGCAUCAACCAACACCACCAAUAGCUCUGCCAGUGUGAAAGUAAAUUCCAACACCAAUACCAAAAAUAGUAAUUCAACAAACACCUAUGGCCCAAGCAACAAACUUGUGGGAUUAGUUUUGGGAAAUCUACGCAAGAUUAAUGGUGAUGGAAACUUGAUGGUGAUUAUCCCCUUGUCAACAAUUACUCAAUUAUCACCAACGCUAAUACCACCACCACCACCACCACUAGCAGCAUCAGUAGUCAAGUCACCGUCAUCCAUCUUAUACAAGACUAUUUCAUCCACCACCUUGUCGAAAUUAUUCAAUUUACCGUUAUUGUCAAAGACAAAUGCAGGACAGAACAAGGUUAAGUCAGUCUUGCCCAUAAUUAUCAAUGCUUCGAAUCAACGUACUUGGGGAUCAUGUAUAUUCUACAAAGAGCAAACAUUAAUCACAAACAGUCACGUUGUUACACCGUUGUUUCAAAACCAAUCCAACAUUGAUUUCAACACUGAUACCAACUCCCGACGAAGCACUUCCUUUGACAACAAUGCCACUAUUCUAAUCAAUAACCAAGGAGAUUCAAUCCAAAUAUCCGCAAUUGCCGAAUCCAUAAUAAUCCCUCACCCCGAUCUCGAUCUUGCUUUCAUUCAAAUCGACAAAAUAGCUUCGGCUUCAUUGAUUCAAAAUGGAUUUCAUCCAAUUACUUUUCCUCCUUCAUCUGGUAAUGUUGUUAUUGAAGAUCCAGUCUAUACAGUUUCAUUCGGAUUAUUUCUUGACCCGUGGCAUCUACAACCAUUGACAUCGCAUGGCAUUAUUAAUUGUAUUUAUCGCAGUGGGGGAGGUCAAUUAGAUCAAAAACAAAAACAAAAACAAGGUGGUGAUGACGCUGAUGAUAGUUCUGCAGUUCGAGGUACUGCAGGACUAAUUAUUGCUUCUGCCUCUUGUUUUAAUGGAAGUUCGGGUGGCGCUUUGUUCACAAGCGGUAGCAAUGAACUAAUCGGUAUGAUUUGCUCUAAUGCCAAAGUUUAUAAACCAAAACCGUAUCCAAAGCCGCAUUCUCAAGGCCAUGAACACCCACAACCGCAAGAGCAAAAGGAGCACCACAAACUGGGAAUGUUGACUUCUGGCAAAGAUACCGAAAAGUUGACUACAUUCACAUUUGUACUACCUAUUGACUUGAUUGAGUAUUGCUAUAAUCAGGUAUAUCACAAUAAACCCAAGGUGGAAGCAAUUAGCAAUAAUGAAGCUGGUAAUGGCCUUAGCCCUAAUGAAGGUGCAAUUUUGGUUGAUGUUGAUUCGAAAAUUGUUGAUUUAUGGAAAUUAAAGCCAUUUCAUAAAGAUGUCUACAUAGGUCCAAGCUCACAUGUGAAUGAGAAAGCUAAAUUAUAG